UUCGUUUCAGUCGUUUAUCAGCCGCCAACCAAACGCGCGCGGCUCGCUACGACGCGGAACGUGUCUUCGUGAAACUGCUUUUUCGACUAAACUUUUCCGACGACGCCACGCUACAACGUAGCAUAUUCAUUGUAUUUUAAUUAAAGUUGAUAAUUCCAAUUUUGAUUUAAUUUUAAAUAUAGUUUCUAGUUUAUUUGAUGUGGUGAAUUACGGAUAUGAUCGUGUUAGUGAAGUGAAUAUUUCAGUAUUAAUUCCUGGUUGGCAAGGUUGGAAAAUAACGUGCAAUGUCAACUUUGGGCGCGGGGACACGGGUGUUAAUCGUUUUACAAACAUACAGUAAGACAGCGGUCUUGCUGUUUACUUCAUGUAUGCCGUUUACAUUAGCACAGUAAACCACGACGGCCUUCUGAUAAAGAACAAAGAAAACUUGGGAGCUGUUGGAAACUACGAAAAUGGACACGAGUACAACGGGUUCAACACAAGAUGACGAAUCGGACUGGUCAAGGAAUAUGACAAUAGACAAAUAUUUGAGAAGAAAUUCUAGCAACGACACAUUCGAUAGCUUGUACGACGUCCCGACGGGUAUGAUCGUGUUGCUGUCGUUUCUAUACGGAUCAAUAUCAGUGUUGGCUGUAGUCGGCAACUUCUUAGUGAUGUGGGUUGUGGCAACUUCUCGACGAAUGCAGAGCGUCACUAAUUGUUACAUCGCUAAUUUGGCGCUAGCGGACAUAGUUAUAGGGCUAUUUGCCGUGCCAUUCCAAUUCCAAGCAGCGUUACUUCAAAGAUGGUUGUUGCCCCACUUCAUGUGUGCGUUCUGUCCGUUCGUACAAGCGUUAAGUGUUAAUGUAAGCGUGUUUACAUUGACGGCGAUCGCUGUCGACCGGCACCGAGCCAUUAUCACACCGCUGAGCGCCCAUACAUCGAAACGCAUCGCAAAGGUCAUAAUAGUAUUCAUUUGGAUGUUAGCAUUGUCACUGGCUGCACCGAUGGCUAUGUCAUGGGAGAUUAUCAUGGUGGAAGAACAGGAUCCAGUUACUCGGCUGUUUUACGAGAAACCUUUCUGUGCACCAAGCGAGUUUGGUUCAAAUUCACUAGCAAUUUAUCGACUUCUACUGUACAUCUUCCAGUAUGUGAUACCACUUUGUGUGAUCACGUUUGCUUAUGCUCACAUGGCAAUGAAGCUGUGGGGUGCUCGAGCUCCUGGCAAUGCUCAGGAGACAAGAGACGCUAAUCACAUGAGGAACAAGAAAAGGGUGAUCAAGAUGCUGGUCCUGGUGGUUGUGUUAUUUGCGCUCUGUUGGCUUCCUCUUCAGAGCUAUCUGCUGCUGCAGUCAUUCUUCCCUUCUAUCAAUGAGUACAAGUACAUAAAUGUUAUUUUCUUCUGCUUCGACUGGCUGGCAAUGAGCAACUCUUGUUACAAUCCUUUCAUCUACGCCAUUUACAACGAAAAAUUUAAAAAGGAAUUUAAACAGCGUUUUACGUUUGGUCAAAAAAGGAACAGACUUAGCAAUGACAGCUACGAGGAUGGUCAGUCCUACAGAACAAGAGUAUUAUCGAUUCGUUCCACAAACGAUAAAAACAUCUCUAUGAGAAAGUCAAUUAAUGUAAACGUCAAAUCAGCGGAUUCAAUGAAGAUCACACGAAAUUCCUGUCAGUGUUCAAGAAAUAAGGAAACAAAUACAGAAAGUCAUUAUCGUUUGAGAGCAAAUAUUAAUAUUGAAACGUAUAAAAAUAAUAGGUUUCCAAAUCACAGAACAACGAAAAUGAUACCAGAUGACGAACCAGUAGGAGAUGAGAGAGUUAGUGAACUGUAUGUAUUUCCGAAUAGUAAUAUCGUAGAGUUUACAGAUAUUUUAUGUGAUAAUAAAGUGUAAAUACUAAUGUAGCUUAUUACGACAAGUAAGUUUAAGAUAAAGUGAUAGUAAAUUGAAAUAUAAUUUUGAUUUGCAAA